UAGACCCCGGGUUGACAAAUAGAGCUUGCCUGUUACUUCAUUUCCGGACUGCAAUUACACUUGGUCGCAGUUUGGUGUUGUGUUUAGCGUGUCAAGUUUUUGGCGCCGUUGCCGGGGAAUUUCUAGAUUAUUAGGAAAUGCAGAAGUUUAUUACUUUAGUGUUUUUUUUCUUUUUCACCCUUGCUUUUCACUUUGGUGUUUUUGUUUUUGUUGGUGCAGAUCUGAAUCAUGGAUCCUCAUGGCUUCUCCAACCAUUGGGGGUAUCCACCACCACCCGAGUGGUAUUACCCUGAGACAUCCUGGAGCAAUCAAGCAGGAGAAGACUAUGGAUUCGGGUUUCAAUACCAACCCCCCUACUACGAAGAACAAUUAAACCCUUGGGCAUUUCAAGAACAAUCUCCUUAUCAAGAAGAAUUUCUCCCACAACCAGAAUGGCCAUCAGAUCUUGAGUUAGCCACAGCUAUCACGGGCCAUCCGGCAUAGCCAUGCUACAUUCCAAAUCCAUGUCCAAAUUAUCACUUGAGGCUUCACGUGGAGCAGAUUGCUCGAGUACAUGAGAGACCCUUUCCCGAGAUGGAUCCUCAUAUACAGGUCGUUUCCCAAACUGACUUCUCCUUCCCCCGUGAAACAAAGGAGACCCUUCGGAGCAUAAGGAAGCACACAGAGGUCAUAGUGAAAGCUUGUGCACAGUUUUCUCAAGACAACCUUUAUGCUACAAUACAAGUAGAGAAGGAGGUAGAAGAAGUCAAUCAUGAGGAUGUCGUGGAGCAUACAGAAGUUGUCAUAAAGAGCUCCUCUGAUGAUCAUGAACAGAAAUGUCCUGCUGUAGCUGACCAUACCUUUCCGCAUCCCUCACCGAGCGCUGAAGAGACGGGCAUGAGCGAGAACAUGCAAUCUGAUCUUAUUGAAAAGAUUGCAUGGAAACUUGCUCUCCAAUCCAUGCCAGAAGAAGAAGAGCGAGAAAGGAUGAGGAAAGAAGUUGUGGAGGAUGACGGAAGUGAAUUAGAGGAAGUUCUUGAUCUUUUCCCAGGGGAGGAAUCAAAUUCUAAGGAAGGAAGGGGGUUUGAAGAAGCAAUUGGUGUCCAGGCUGAGGAUGAAGUUGAGGUGGAAGAGGCUUGCACCGGCUAUGAGUUACAUGUGAUAUCUCCACCAAAAUUUGAGGAGCUGCUUGGCAAGGACCCAUUUGCAGUGUUUCUUUGCCAGACCAAGGCCACAUCGACAUUGGUCCCUCUUGGUGGACACGAUGGUGGUCAGUCAAUGCUGUCAUAUCUGGUUUGGGGCAAUGAGACGAGAGAGGAAGAAAAGAAGAGGUCUCGCAGGUGGAGACUUCAUAUUCAUCAAGUACACGAGCCUACAUCACCAGUCAUACCACAUGCUCGUGACUUGAGACUCCGCCUCGCCGAUGAAAACCUCAACUUCAAGGAGGUUCUAGCAUGGGCCGAAAUUUAAGAGCCAUCGUCUGGCUCACGACGUGGAAGAAGCGCUUGUUGGGAGGCAACCCAACCAGUAGGUUUGCACUUUCUUUCCCUAUGUCUCUUCGGUUGAGUCAGUUUGUCUUUUGAUUUUAGAGUCAAUAACUCAACCUUUGUGGGAUUUUGUGUGGUGUUUGUGUUUUUACUGUUCUCUCUCCUCCUGAAUGCACCGUCUGGCCCGUCCACCAUCAUUCAAACUUGAUCUGGUAACUUCGUUCUACCCUCCUUAUUUUUCUCCAUUGAGGACAAUGUCGUGCUUAAGUGUGGGGGGAUGUUCUAUUAUGUUUGCAUGUGAAUGUUUGGUUGUUUGUGUAUUUUUGGAGCCUAGUCCACUGUCCAAAUUUCGAUUAGAGGGCUCCAAGCACGUGCUCCUUGCAACUGCCUGCUCAGUAUGCUUUGAAUUGACAGUCUUUAUAGUAAUAUGCAACCUAGGGAGGUAGUGUAGCACUAUGGAGGAUGUUGAUGCAUUUAAGAAGUCCCCUUUUUUCUUCAUAUUGUGUUGGUUGAUUGUGUGAAUUAGUGAUCUUAGGACCCUUGAAUUGUGUGGUAUUGUGAACUCUCUACCUGUCAUGGACUCCUGUAUCAUGUUUUAAAAUAAAAAGGUGCUCGAAAAUAUGCUUUAAAAUAACGUCUCCCGUGCGAAUAGGGCUAAAGUGUGUAAGGGGAGACGGGAAUCCGUUCCCAACUUCCACCUACUACCUCAAGCCCCCUUACACUUCUUUCCCCCGCACAAGGCUCGAGACAUCUGCUCCCGGCAUGGCCGGUAAAAGUUGGGCUCCCUCUAAACCUUUAAUAGGUGGGAGCCCCGUUUUCUGGAAAUAACAGGUUAGGACCCUUGGAAAAAAACAAACAACAAAACAAAGAAAAAGAAAAAAAAAGGGGUUCCAACCAUCUUUAAAGGAGAAAAAAAUAGAGCACCUAAAAAAAUGAGUCCAUGACCUUUCUAAAUUUUAGAGUCUCUUUGUCCACAAAUCACUUGUCCUCCGAUCACUACUUGGCAUGAUCCUGACUCGGGACUAGAGUUCUCGCCGAAGAAGGUAGGAGGUGUCUUGUACGUUGGUUGACCCGUAAGCGGCUAAAUGACUUAGAACGUCCUCUACCGACGAUCUUGGUUGCAUGUUUCUAUAAAGGUCUGGAGAGUUUCAUUGUUUUGAGUUAGGUUUGCUUGGGGACAAGCAAACGGUUAAGUGUGGGGGAAUUUGAUAACGUCGUAUUUGCACAUGUUUGAACCCUCAUUUCUUGAUCAUUUUGGCUUGAGUUUUUUAUUUAUUGGACUAUUUUACGCUAGGAUGUGUUCCUUUGUCACAUUUCAGGUCCUAGCAUGUAAAGUGAAGCCUAGGCGCAAGUUUCAAGUCAAUAGGAGAUCAAUUGGCGACUCGAGGUGAGAAACUCGGGAAUGACUUGAGAAAAAAUGGAUUUAUACCUCAUUUUAUUGACAAAUAAUCAUUAAAGCUUUUCAUGAAAAGAAAGAGGACAAGACUACGAGCAUCUGGGAUCAAACGGCACCUAAAUUGGAGGUCAAACGAGCUCAAACGAGAUCAACGAAGCUUAUGAGUGCAUGCUGGAAAUUGUGCACGGCCGUGUGAAAUUCUGAACGAUCGUGUGGGUUUCUCAGGGCGUUUGCACGGCCAAAACCUCAAUUUGCACGGCCGUGUAAGUAGGGGGUGCGAGUUUCAGUGGGUAUAAAAGGUGUUUUGCGAU